AGUGCAGUGGCAUGAGCUGGAGAGAGUUUCACAGAAGAAAUCAUGGCGGAUUACGAGCAUAACAGAAGAGGUGGCACCGACGACGGAGGGCCGCAGGAGGAGGAGGACAGAGUGAACACUAAGCCUGUCUCUUGUAGCACUGUGGGAGGAGAAGGGACCGCGGGCAAACGCACAUCCGAGCAUCUCGCACCUGAAGACGAGGACGAGUCCUCAGAGGACCCACCAGCCCCCCGCAAAGUCUCCAAGAUAGGCUUUAGCAUGAGCAGUCCGAUGGGGAAGAAGUCGAACCCCAUAUCUAUCAAACUUGGAGCAACAAAACCCAAAGAGCCCCCACCGUCAGCUCCUCCAAAAAAGUCAGGGCUGGCGUCUGUUUUUAACGAAGAUGAGGAUGACAGUGAACCCGAGGAGAUGCCCCCAGAAGCAAAGAUGAGGAUGAAGAACAUUGGCAGGGAGACACCAACUUCUGCGGGACCUAAUUCCUUCAACAAGGGCAAGCAGGGUUUCUCUGAUCAUCAAAAACUUUGGGAGAGGAAGAUGAAGGCCCAAGCAGACAAAUUGUAAAUGACUACCACAGUUUUUGUGACUAAUGGAUGCUUUUGUAUAGUUUAAACCAUGUCAGAGAUAUCUACGAAGGCUCAAAGGAUUAUUCACUGUACCCUCGGUUUUGACAACUUCUCAGCUUUGUGGACAUGCAAUGAGGAAUACUUUAAGCCUUCGAUACUCAGUGACUGAACUCAAGUUUACGUUUCUAACCACUACCGGCUGACACUAAGUGAGAGGAGCGGUACCAGUGUGUCAACCCUCUGUGAUGAGAGGUGCGGGGGGAGGGGGGGGGGGGGGGGAUAUGGGACAAACAAAAUAGCCAUUUAAACUGUGUAGAAUUAUAAGGUUGUUUUCAGCUGGAUAAUGAAAAAAAUCUAACAUCGUAGCGCCCUCAUUCCCCUUUUGUUCCUAUCUGAAGCUGGUUGGGUGUGGUCCUGAGCAAGUGUCGCUUGUCAAAUAUUUGUAUAAAACGUACAUAGAACUGUGAUAAUGUUUUAUUUUUAAAUCCACAAAUGGCAGUGUGUGUGUUUAAGAGUUAUGUUAUUGUGCGUGGGCGGCUUCGACUCGACGUACAUGGAUUGUUGGUUCAUUUAGUUUCUCAGCAUCGAUGUACAAUGCUUUGUUUUCACCAGCUGUGACGCCUCAUGGGCAGUUUGUUUUGUCUGAGCUUUGUGCCAGUAUUUCUGGAUUUGCUUGUUCAAUGCUGUGUUUCUGUAAGUCUGCUUUACGGAAUCUGGCAAAAAAUGUGUGUGAUUUUUUUUUUUUUAAUUUUUGUUAUGUUCACAAUGACAGGACUGCUAAUGUGCUUUUAGUUGACAACUGUGAAGUCACGGAGUUACCAGGGUGCUGGUAACAGUCAUAUUUAAGGGACAGUUCACCCCCCAAAAAUAUGAAUAAAUAUAUUUCCUUUUACCCGUAGUGCUACUAAUCAAUCUAGAUUGUGUUGGUGUGAGUUGCCUAGUUUUGGAGAUGUGGCCGUAGAAUUGUCUGCCUGCUCUCGAAUAUAAAGUGACUAUACGGCGCUCGGCUUGUGGUGGUCAAAGUGCCAAAACAAUACAUUUGAAAAACUCAACAGGAAUGUCUCUUUUCAGUAAUCAUGACACAGGUUAAUCAAAAUAUUCAACAGACCGUGUUGUGAGCAGUUUUGUGUAGGAACUAUUUUCUUUCUACCAAACUACACCCUCCAACCGUAUCACAACAGUGCAGAAGAGAGCGUGCAUCUACUCAUGGACAAGAGGCUCGUGCACGCGCAAGAGCGUCCUCCUCAGCUGAGCAGUAACAUUAGCUAGCUCAGUGGUGCUAGGCGAGCUAGCAGUAUAGAUGCGUUCUUGCUCCCGCUCUGUGAUCAGGUUGGUUGGUGCAGUUUGGUAGAAAGAAAAUAGUUCCUACAUGAAACUCCUCACAACAGGAUAACUAAUGUGUUUUUUUUUUUGGCACUUUGAGCACCACAAGCAGAGUGCCAUAUAGUUCCAUCUUUUUCUUGAGAUGGCAGACAUCUCUACAGCUGAUGUCUCCUACACAAGGCAACUCACACCAAAACCAUAUAGAUUAAUAAAUAGCACUACAGGUAAAAAAAAACAAAACAUGUUUUGACUUUGGGGAGGAACUGUCAGGUUACAAUGCAGAUUAGCAAUAAUUAGGUACUCAAAACAUUUUUCAUUGCCACUUUUAACAUCAGCAAGCCCAAACUUCAGAAUUAAUACGCCAAUCCUUUCAGUUCAGAUAAAUGUGGUUGCUUCUCCUGUGCCUGACUUUUGGAAAAUUCCCUUAAUUAAAAAAUAUAAACUCUGUGAGCUAUCUGACUGUUGUGCUUUCCCAAAUGAAUCACAUCCAGUGCUCCGACCUGUUUCAUCAAACAACUCUCUUCAUUACAUAUUUAAACGUCAGUCAAAUAAAAAAUUUGAAUGAU